AUGCCAACCGAUCGAGCAACUAAUCUUGUUGAGCGAACCAAUGUUGAUGGAAAUGUUCGACAGAAAUCAUUCUAUCGUUCAUUUAUUCAAUUUCUUUUUUCAAAUCUUGGUUUAGUUAUAACUAUUUGUGCGUAUACUAUUGGUGGAGCUUUUCUUUUUCAAUUACUUGAACAAUAUAUUGAAUUACAAAAUUGUCAGCAAGGAGCUUUAACUGAAAAUAUAUCAAUAACAAAUAUAUCUGAAACAGUAUAUAAUUAUAUUGCUAUCUCAGAUGAUAAUGUCACGACAAUGUAUGAAACUAUAGUUUACUUUUUAACAAACCUUACUAGUGAUAUAUAUGAACGUCGAAAUGAUUUACGAUAUACAGGACAAAAUUGUGAAACAACAUCCGGUUGGAAUUUUCCAUCAGCUUUACUUUUUACAAUAACUGUUGUAACAACAAUUGGUUAUGGACAUAUAACACCAGUAUCAUGGGAAGGACAAAUAACAUGCAUUUGUUAUGCAUUAAUUGGUAUACCAAUAUUUCUUCUUUGUUUAUCAAAUAUAAGUUCAGUACUUGGUGAUAUAUUUCGAUUUUUAUAUUCGGGUUUAUUACAUUGCUGUUGUUGUGCUUGUCGUGUUUAUACACGAGCUCGUCGUCGACGAAUACGUGAACUUCGUGAAGCACAAAUAAGAAAUCCUGGUGGAAUCAAUUAUACUGGUACAGCAUCAAUGGAUCCAAGUUGGCCUGAAACAUCCCGUAAUCAAGAUGGAGGAUAUGGUGAUGAUGACGAAGAUGAAGAUGAUUAUGAUAUUUUUGACCGAAUGGAAGGUCGUGUACCAUUUGGUGCAGUUAUUUUAAUUAUUAUUGGUUAUAUUUGUCUCGGAGCAGUUAUGUUUAAUAAAUUUGAAGGUUGGACAAUGACUGAAUCAGUUUACUUCUGUUAUAUUACAUUAUCAACAAUUGGUUUUGGUGAUUACGUACCUGGUAUAACAUCAAGUUCAACAUCCGGUUUACGUUUCUUACUUGCAUGCCUUUAUAUACUUUUUGGUUUAGCAAUAUUAGCAAUGUGUUUUGAUUUAAUCAAGGAAGGCAUUGUUGAUAAAUUCCGUUGGUUUGCUAAUAAACUUGGUAUUAUUGCUGAUGAAGAUAAUCAAGUCGAUGAAGAUACUACGAAAUAUGCUAAUUUUGAAUAUGAUACAUCAAAUGAACAACAGACACAACCAGGAUCAAGACCAAAUAGUGGUAAACGUGCGCAAGGAAAACCAAAAUUAAGUGAAUCAUUUAGUGAACCACCAGCUUAUGAAUAUGAUGCUGCAGAUGGACAAUGGAUGACAAAUAUUCGAGAUAAAAAUGAACGAACAGGAGGUAUUGGUAACAAAAAUGGAAUUAGAAUGAAUAAUGAUAAACAUUAA